GAUAAUAAAUGAGUAAAUUUGCCAACACCGACUAUAAAUUCUUUUAUAAUUUGUUAUUGGAUAAUUAAUUUAUAUUUAAUUAUUUAAAUUAAUUUAAUGUAUAAAGAAAUUUUUAAAUAAUCUGAAGCCUUGAGAAUAUCAAAAUAGUAGAGACUGUUCCUGAGGUCAAACCUAAGAGGAAAUGACCCUUCAGAAGGAAGGAGAGGAAAAAACAAAAACAGAAAGAAAGAAGAGAGCUGCGUAGAUGCUAAAGAAGAAGAAAGAAAGAAAGAAAGAAAAAGAUUCUGGGUAGCGGUUAGAUUGAAUAGAUUUUUGGCAGGCAGAAAGAAAUGAAGGGUUUAGAUCAUAUAUCAUAAUAAAAGAGUAUGGACACAAAAUCCCAAGAAAAGAAAAAAACCAUAAAAGGCAAGGGAAUAGUAACUGCAACAUACACGCGUCUCCAAAUUCCACAAACCAUUUCAUGGAAUUCCAAUCCUUUUCUUACAGUCAUUAGAAACACCUUCUCAAGAGCCUCAAAUCCACUUGUCCGUUUUUAAUUUUUUUCACCUCAAAGUUUCCUCCUCAAAUGCAACCGGACCAGAUAAUUAAUUAUAUAUAUAAUUUCCGUAAUUCAAUUCAACCAUUGCGUUUAAUACAACCCAAAAGCAGCCAAGAAAAAUCUUGCCAAACCCUAUUAUUAGCUGAAGUAGAGAAUACACUCCUUCUCCCUCUCUCUCUCUCUGGCUCUUAACUCUUUCCUGUCUUUUUCUCAUAUAUUUCACUACUUAUAACCCCCCUACACUACCUCUCUCUGUUUCAUUGCAUCUUUUCUUUUCUUGAUUUCCGUCCUUCUGCUUUUAGUUUCACUUUCUGUUUCUUGGGUUGUUACUGUUUUUUGUUUUCUUUAAGGCAACAAUGAAUGCUCUUGCAGCUACCAACAGGAACUUCCGCCAUGCAGCUCGUAUACUUGGUUUGGAUUCUAAGCUUGAAAAGAGCCUUUUGAUCCCUUUUAGAGAAAUAAAAGUAGAAUGCACUAUCCCAAAAGAUGAUGGUAGUCUGGUUUCUUAUGUUGGAUUUAGAAUUCAACAUGACAACGCUCGUGGCCCUAUGAAAGGCGGUAUCAGAUACCAUCCUGAGGUUGAUCCUGAUGAGGUUAAUGCUUUGGCCCAACUAAUGACAUGGAAAACAGCAGUAGCAGACAUUCCCUAUGGUGGUGCUAAGGGAGGAAUUGGCUGUGAGCCCAGGGAAUUAAGCGUAAGUGAAUUAGAACGGCUUACUCGUGUUUUCACUCAGAAGAUCCAUGAUCUUAUUGGAGCCCACAGGGAUGUUCCUGCUCCUGAUAUGGGAACUAAUUCACAGACAAUGGCCUGGAUUCUGGAUGAGUACUCAAAGUUUCAUGGUCACUCACCUGCUGUUGUUACUGGCAAGCCAAUUGAUCUUGGAGGAUCAUUAGGAAGGGAGGAAGCAACUGGUCUUGGGGUGGUAUUUGCAACACAGGCUCUACUAGCUGUGUAUGGAAAAUCAAUCUCUAAUCUGAAGUUUGCUAUCCAGGGCUUCGGAAAUGUGGGGUCUUGGGCUGCCAAGUAUAUCCAUGAGAAUGGGGGCAAGAUUGUUGCUGUCAGUGACAUCACUGGUGCAGUUAAAAAUCCAAAUGGACUUGAUAUCCCAAAUCUACUGAAGCAUAGGAAGAGCACACGAAGCUUGAAGAAUUUCCAAGGUGGAGAUGCUAUGGAUCCGGAUGAGUUGCUUGUUUGUGACUGUGAUGUUCUCAUGCCUAGCGCAUUGGGUGGAGUUCUCAACAAGGGAAAUGCUGCUCAUGUGAAGGCAAAAUUUGUGAUUGAAGCUGCAAACCAUCCCACUGAUCCAGAAGCAGAUGAGAUUUUAUUCAAGAGAGGAAUAGUUGUGCUUCCUGACAUCUAUGCAAAUUCUGGUGGUGUGACAGUGAGCUACUUUGAGUGGGUCCAGAAUAUACAAGGGUUCAUGUGGGAUGAGGAGAAAGUGAAGUGUGAGCUGAAGAAGUAUAUGAUGACAUCUUUCAAACACAUCCAAGCAAUGUGCAAAACUCAUGACUGCAGCCUCCGAAUGGGAGCGUUCGCUCUCGGGGUUAAUCGUGUUGCUCGCGCUACUCUCCUCCGGGGUUGGGAAGCUUGAUCAUCCUCUUAUCUAUCUCUUUCACCUCCAAUGGAAUCUCCAUAGAGCUAAGUUUUCUUUUUUUCUUUUUUUAAGUUUUUGCUCAGACAUGAAUUGCUGUGUGGCUAUUCAACAGCUGUAAGCUUUUAAUUAAGGAGGUGAUUAUGGAAGACAUAACAAUUCAACUUAUUGGAUUAUAUUAUUAUGCUUCUUUGUUUCA